AUUAAAAAAAAAUGCUAUUGAAAAUAAUUUUAAUUAGUUCCCUUUAAAAGAAAAAUAGUUGUUCUGUAUAUUUGAAGAAGAGAAGAAUGGAAGGAAGCUUCGUAAUACUAUAUUAAGGUGAAAAGAAGAAGAUGAGAAAAUUUUGCCUAAAAUGGUGGUUUGUUGAAGGUCAAAGUCAACACCUCACACCCCUCAUAUAUAUAUUAGAAAACCCCAGAACCGAAAAUCCAACCUAAGCUUUCCUCCAAAAAUAAAAAUCCAACCUUUACCUAAGCCAAAGCCCUCUUCUCUGUCCGUCUCUCUCUCUCUCUCUCCUCCAAUGGAUUUUGAACCGAGGGCUUUGCUGUUGUUGCUAUUGUUAUCGUCUCUAUAAAUUCCCUGUCUUUGUUUUGGUUUGGUUUCGUUUUGUCUUAUCCUUCAUCUGAGAUCGCAGUCGGAAUUUCAAUUUCAAGGAAUAGGGAUUUCCUUUUUCGCUUUUGGAUUUGAGGCUUCAUUAUAUAUUAAUUGAAGUGUUUAAUGUCUUACACCCUUGCAAAUUAAUGGUGUCUGCAUUCAUUGUCAAUGAGUAUUUGAUUCCUCAAACUUGUGAACCAGUUUUCCCACUUGUGAAGAAAUUAGAGCGAAAGAUAAGUUUAGAUAUAUUAGAUUGUUUAUGUUUGAAUAAUCCCAUUGCUGGUUCAUUUGGUUGAGUGAGAAUAUGUAAGGGAUGAUAUCUGCUACAAUAUUGAAGAUUGUGUCACCCUGUUUUAAACCUUCGGUUGAAGGGGAUAGAGAUAGUUCAGGUAAAGCCGGAGAUGCAAAUGGCAGGGUUGAUGGUUUACUAUGGUAUAAAGACUCAGGACGACAUGUUAAUGGAGACUUCUCAAUGGCAGUGGUUCAAGCAAAUAAUUUGUUGGAGGAUCAAAGCCAACUUGAAUCAGGACCGAUGAGCUCGUUCGAGUCUGGCCCUCAAGGAACAUUUGUUGGAAUUUAUGAUGGGCAUGGUGGUCCUGAAGCGUCUCGGUUUGUAAAUGAACACCUGUUUAAACAUAUCAAAACUAUUCAUGGUGCAGAAUUCACAUCAGAGAAUCAAGGAAUGUCUGCUGAUGUUAUUAGCAAAGCAUUUUUGGCAACUGAAGAGGAUUUUCUCUCUCUAGUUAAGAAGCAGUGGCAAAUCAAACCACUGCUUGCUUCUGUUGGCUCAUGUUGUUUGGUAGGCAUAAUAUGUAGUGGGAAGCUAUACAUUGCAAAUGCAGGAGAUUCCAGAGUGGUGUUAGGAAAACUAGAAAAAGCUGUUAAGCAAGUCAAAGCUAUUCAGCUUUCAGUUGAGCACAAUGCAAGUUAUGAAUCUGUGAGAGAUGAAUUGCAUUUGUUGCAUCCCAAUGAUCCGCAGAUUGUGGUUUUGAAGCACAAGGUUUGGCGAGUGAAGGGUAUAAUUCAGAUUUCAAGAUCCAUUGGUGAUGCAUAUCUGAAAAAAGCAGAGUUCAAUAGAGAACCUCUACUGUCAAAGUUUAGACUGUCCGAAACAUUCCACAAGCCAAUCCUUCAAGCUGAACCGGCAAUAUCAGUGCAAAAGCUUUUCCCUGAAGACAAGUUUCUUAUAUUUGCUUCAGAUGGUCUAUGGGAGCACUUGAGCAAUCAAGAGGCAGUUGACAUUGUCCAUAGUUGUCCGCGAAAUGGCAUUGCAAAGAAACUCAUUAAAACCGCCCUUCGGGAAGCAGCUAAGAAACGAGAAAUGAGAUACUCGGACUUGAAGAAGAUUGACAGAGGGGUGAGGAGACAUUUUCACGACGACAUUACUGUAAUAGUGUUGUUUCUUGAUUCGCAUCUGGUUAGUCGCAGCGUCUGGCGUGGACCUUUAAUCUCAGUAAAAGCUGGUGGCUGAAACAAUCAUUCAUCAUCUUGUAUCAAAUCAAAGACAAUUUUACAGGAAUAUUUCUUUUCUUUUUUAUUAUUUGUUUUUCUUUGAUCUUUUAAAUGUAUAGCCAUGAUUUUUUAAUUUGUUUCUGCAUCUUGUGAAAACAAGACAUUAUGGUGAUUACCACCACAUAAAUCUAUCAUUGAAUUUAUCUUC